AUGGCCGCCCUAAUACAAUUGGCUUACGACGAUAGUUCCGACAUAAUGGACGACUAUUUAAAAAUGUCGGCACGAGUAGCUAGGGAAAGUCUUCACAGUUUUUGUACGUAUAUUAUUGAACUAUAUAUGAAAAAAUAUUUGAGAAAACUAACGUUUAGUGAUAUGCAACAACUUUUGGAACAUCACGCUGAAUAUCAUGGCCUCCCCGGGAUGAAAGCUAGUUUAAAUUGUAUGAAAUGGGAGUGGGAACUUUGUCCGACUGCAUGGCAAGGCUCUCACACAAGCGGAUAUCAUAGAAUGCCAGCUAUGAUGCUUGAAGCUGGUGCAUCACAAGAUCUUUGGAUCUGGUAUGCAUUCUUUGGUAUGCCAGGUUCACAUAACGAUAUAAACAUUGUACAUCACUCGCCCCUUUUAAAUGAUCUAAUAAAUGGUGUUGGACCAAAAGGAACAUUUAUUGUAAAUGACGUUGAAUACAAGUAUGGGUACUAUCUUGUUGAUGGAAUUUACCCUGAGUGGGCUGUUUUUGUGAAAUCAUUUUCAAGAGAGGGAACCCUAGAUCCUAAAAGAAUAAAGUUUAACAAAGUUCAGAGAGGGAACCCUAGAUCCUAA